UACAUCAUACCAAUCGAGAGGAAUAGAAAAACGCCUCUAGAAUUUUAUGCUGUAGAAUAUAUGAGCAAAACAAUGUCAUAUAGCAUGAUGCUGAACCUAGCAGAAAUAAAGUGUCCAUCAUGAGUAUAAGAAAUGAUAAAAACUCCAUCCCCUUUUUCUUUUUUUUUUUUCAUGUCUGGUCAUGCUGCUAUAGCAACGGCCAGUUGUUUACAACAGAUGAACUCUCUUGGGAUUCCAGUUAAUAAAAAUACUUGUAAAUUAAAGCAAAUGACUGUUUUUUUUUCAAAGAAAAAAAUAGGGCGUUGCGUAAUCCAAGUCUUGGGAUAUGUUUCGUUCAUGACAGAUCACCAAUAAUUUAAUACCGCAAAUAAAAAAAAAAAAAAAAAAAAGGGAAGGAAUAUACAAUAUAAGUGUGACAGAGAAAAGUGCAAAAGAAAAAACCAGAUUUGAAAUCUACAUAAUGUCCCAAAGAUCCUCAAAAGCACAACAUACUUUACCACA